AUGUUGCAGGUGCGGACUUUGUUCGUGAGCGGACUUCCCAUGGACGCAAAGCCUCGGGAACUCUAUCUACUAUUUCGGGCAUAUGAAGGUUACGAGGGUUCGCUGUUAAAAGUUACCAGCAAAAAUGGAAAAACAGCAUCGCCUGUUGGAUUCGUCACGUUCCACACUCGAGCUGGGGCGGAAGCUGCUAAACAAGAUCUUCAGCAGGGUGUCCGGUUCGACCCCGACAUGCCGCAAACGAUUCGGCUGGAGUUCGCUAAAAGCAACACGAAGGUCAGCAAACCGAAGCCGGCCGUAGCCACAGCCGCGCCAGCAGCACACCCCGCAUUGAUGCACCCGCUCACUGGACACUUAGCCAGUCCGUUCUUCCCCGGAGGGGGCGCUGAGCUAUGGCAUCACCCGUUAGCCUACGGGGGGGAGUUGCAGACUUUGUCCCAUGGACUGGUGCAUCCAGCCAUCCACCCGCAGAUGGCACCCACCCCGCUGACGUUAGGCGCCUGCGUGUUACCGGCGCCCGCGCUGGGUUCGCCAGGGGCCGCCCACGCUCCGCCUGCGCACCCCGGGCACACACCGCACCCAGCGCAUCCCGCGCCCUGCUCUACUCUUUUCGUCGCCAAUCUUGGCCAGUUCGUAUCAGAACACGAACUCAAAGAAAUUUUCAGCAGUUGUGCGGGCUUCUCGCGAUUGCGGCUCUUGACCGGAGGAGGUGGUUCUGGCCCCGUAGCCUUCGUCGACUUCGUAACCCCAAGCGAAGCGGCCGCGGCUAUGACUCGUCUGCAAGGCGCUCUGCUCCUCAGCUCUGAGGCGCCUAUCCAUCUCGAAUACGCGAGGCAUAAGUUGGCACACAACGGCUGGAUACUCGCACAUGAAGGAGUCAAAGGGGGAGAAGAGAGCGAACAACAUUAA